UAUCAUCAAAAUAAGAAUCAGCUGAGUUUAUUUUUCCACUAAUUAUUUGUUUAAUCAUCACUACGACAUGAAUAUCAUUUAACAAAAUAUUAAAAGAUCUACAAGAGGUGGUAAAAGUACAUUUAAAAUGAAUAACAGCAAUCCAAAUGUAUUUUUUAAUCCGCUAAUUAGUGGAAUACAAAAAGUGGUUCUCUACGAAACUCGUACGCGCCUCUACCUUGUAGGCAGUAACAAUCGCGAGACUCGUUUUCGUAUGUUAACAAUUGAUCGCACCCAACAUGACCGCGUCGUAAUCGAAGAGAACCCAAAUGAAUUGAAUGCACUAGAAAUCCGCAGAUUCCUCAGUUCUCUUGGUAGCUCACCACGAGUUACCUCCGCUUAUGGUGUACUUGGUUUUGUUCGAUUUCUUGAGGGCUACUACUUGCUCCUCGUUACAAAACGCAAAUGUUGUGCACACAUUGGCAUGCACCUGAUAUACACCAUCAAGGAUACCGUAAUGGUACGUGUUAAUGAACCGACAACAUUACGUGCGCCACAUCCCUAUGAGGAACGUUACAAAAAGAUGUUUCAAAGUAUUGAUUUACGUAGUAAUUUCUACUUCUCUUACUCAUAUGAUCUGACGCGUACACUACAAUAUAAUGAAUCAGCGCCUCGUUUUGUUGGACCCAAUGUUGAUUUGGAAAACGACGAACCUCUACCAGACUGGGAUAAACUCACAAAUAAUGUUAUGGCGCCUGAUGAGCGUGUCAACUAUGCUUUUCGCAGCAACUCUCGUACACGAUUUGUUUGGAAUGCAUUCCUCUUGCAGCCUAUGCGUGGGAUAGUGCUUAAAGAUUGGAUGUUAGAGGUGACACAUGGUUACAUAAGUCAAUCGUGUAUUAGUAUUUUUGGUAGACAUGUAAAUGUCUGUUUAAUUGCACGCCGGAGCACACGUUUUGCAGGCACACGUUUUCUUAAACGUGGUGCUAACGUGCAAGGAGAUGUCGCAAAUGAAGUCGAGACGGAACAGAUUGUUACCGACGGGCAGCGAAUGUGCUCUUUCACUCAAAUGCGUGGCUCAGUGCCUUCGCAUUGGUCGCAAGAUGUGGUUAAAAUGGUACCAAAGCCACAAAUACAACUAGAUAUUUCUGAUCCUUAUGCGCAGACACCUGCGCGCCACUUCGAUCGUUUACUUUUCCAUUAUGGUGCGCCGAUAAUCAUGCUCAAUUUGGUAAAGAAACGAGAGAAGCGUAAGCAUGAAUCGAUCAUUUCAAAGGAAUUGGUCGAUAGCAUACGUUAUCUAAAUCAAUUUUUGUCACCACAACAUCGUAUGAAGCACAUACAUUUCGAUAUGGCACGUAAGAGUCGCGGCGGUGGUAAUGUUAUGGAAAUGCUUGCCGAUAUAGCAGAAAGUGUAGUCCAGCAAACCGGCAUGUUCUUCAAAGCGCGCGGCAGCAGAUGUACUUUCCAGACGGGUUUAGUGCGUACCAAUUGCGUUGAUUGCUUGGAUCGUACGAAUACGGCACAAUUUGCUAUUGGAAAAUGUGCAUUGGGACAUCAGUUGGAGCUUCUGGGAUUCGUCAAGUCAGCCAAGCUGGAAUUCGACUCGGAUUGUGUAACGAUGUUGGAGAAUUUGUAUGAAGAACACGGUGAUACGCUAGCGCUGCAAUAUGGUGGCUCUCAGUUGGUACAUCGCAUUAAAACUUACCGUAAAACAGCAGCAUGGGCUUCACAGGGUAAUGAUAUUAUGCAAACAUUAAGUCGUUACUACAGUAAUACGUUCAGCGAUACAGAGAAACAGCAUAGCAUUAACUUAUUCCUCGGUUACUACAUACCAAGUAGAAGUCACACAAAACAAAACCAACCCAUUUGGGAGUUACAAACGGAUUACUACAUGCAUAAUGUUUACAAACCGCUGACCCCACAAAACGAAACCCGCCUUAUUACCGAUUGGGUACGCCACAAAGUACGCUCCUGCUUGCCAAACUCCACUUCAGACUCGAAUAAAAUUGUCAAAGAAUUAUUUCGCGUGCAUUCCAAGGGACUCGAAAUGAUCGACGCCUAUUCCAACUAUCACCAGUCCUUUAAAUGGACCGAUCUCAGCGAGCACAUAGCCUUUGAAAUCAGCCAACUAGCACUACGUUAUAUGCCCACAUUUCGCACAAACUAUUCGCCUUUUCAGCGGCAAAUUCAAGAUCGGAAAGCGAGAAAAAAUCCCAAUCUCACUGGUCAAAGUUCGACUAGUUCAACUAAUAGUAACUCGUCCAGUUCUAGUUCCGAGGCAGAUGAUAGCUCAUCGGAUGAGGAUUUAAGCGCUGGUUACGCUGUGAAAGUUGCAAAUCAGGCCGAAUUAGUGGAACAGGAGCCAUUCACGCUCGAGUCACUACUACCACCAAUGAAAGAAGUGUACGGCUGCAAGAUCACUAAUCCAUCGAAAGAGAAUAUGGAUAUUUACAAAAAAUAUGUGCAGAUGGGCAAAUUAUCUAAUGGGUAUAAUAGUAGUUUUGCACUUUCCUCCACAUCGGCGCCACGUGAACGUGAUAAUGAAAAGGCUAAGCUGAAACGUGGUUUGCUAAAGCCAUUGGGAAAUUAUGGACAUGAUUCGUAUUUGAGUAUUAAGCCGCCAACUGUGAGUGAAGAAAGUCAGAAAAUAUAUGCUGAAUAUUGCAAAAUACCGCGAAAUUUUAAUGCAGUGCAGAAAUUUGAAGAGUUUGACGUUCUUUACCGUUAUGUGCAAAUGCUCUGAAAUGUUUGCUGAAGGUCUGAAAUCUUGGAUAAUGCUAAAUACACUUAACUCAAACGGGCGUGAGCUAUAACUGACUUCAACUUGAACAAAAGCAACAACAAUUUCAACAUUCAUGUGACGGAGCUGUUUAUCAUAGUGUUUUCUUACCUUUAGUUUCGUUCUAGGAUAAAAGUAUAUAUAUAUAACUUAAAUUUUUUCCACAUUCAUCUUAUACUUAUAAUUUUAAAGUUAAAUACUUUAUAUGGGCAUUUUGAAUUUUUGUUUUAUAUUUAUUUUUUAAUAAAUGUUAAUUUUUGGUCUUUAUCACAAUCGCCUGAUAUGGAAAGAAUCAC